AUGCAAUUACAAAAUACUAUCUUAAACACCUUGAAAUUCAUCAAUAAACCAACUCAUAUCCAAAUAUCAAAAUCAUUGGGCAACUUAUCCAUUUCUAUUAGACAAAACCCACAACAAUUGUAUGAAACUUAUAAUUAUAUGAAGCAAUAUUCUCAUUAUAAUUUUGAUUCAAAAUAUAAAAAUUGGUUUGAAUUGAAUAAAUUUGAACAAUCGAAAUUCAUGGAUACUUAUAUUAAUAAACAUGAAUUGAUUAAUCAAAAUAAACAAGCUUCAAAUGCUAUAAAGCAAAUGGAUAAUGAAAAUAAAGAUGUUAAUUUUAUGUUUUUUUAUCUUUAUGAACAUUUAAAACAACAAGCUGAUCAAGUUGAUACUCAAGAAGUUGUUUUCAAAGAUGAUAUUUAUGAUUUGUUGAUUGAAAAAGGAGAUUAUUAA